CUAUUCCAGCUCCGUUGUUGAAUACUUUUGUACGGAACACUAAAAAUGGUUGUUGAAUGGAAAAGAAGAUGCGACAAUAAUCAUUUGGGACACUUUUUUGUGGAUAUCAUGCGAAGGAGAGCAAAUGAGAUUUGUCAAAUAGAUGCAGCGACAGAUAAAGAAGAAACAUGUGCGUCGGUGCUGUCCCGAAGCAUUCGGCUGGCCCAAUGCUUCAGGAAACUUGGCCUGGUACCGGGCGAUACCAUUGUGAUAGGUGGGAAGAACCAUCUCGACGUGCACAUCCCUUUAUACGCGGGAAUGAUGAACGGGCUACCUGUAGCCGGGCUCGACUCGGCCCUUAAAUGCAAUGAACUGAAGCGUUAUUUUACCUUAUUAAAACCUAAAAUAGCUUUUUGCGAAUACCCAAUGCUCGAAGAGUACAAAAAUGCGAUACAAGAACUGAAUUUGAGCACCAAAAUUGUUACAUUUGGCGGUGGCGAGUACUCCUUGGCAAAAUUCAUGGAAACUCACCAGGUUCCGCAGCGAGAGGACCAGUUCCAGGUCGCUACUUUCAAUACUGACGAAGUGUACUGCUGGCUUGUCAGCACAAGUGGAAGCACCGGACAGCCAAAAAUAGUGGCACUCGCACACCCACACUUGAUUCUGAUGACAGAGUUCUAUAGGUAUAAGGAACCUAAAAAUGGUGAGCGUAAAGCAGUUUUGAACCCGUCUACUCUGCACUGGAUAUCAGGUUUCUUCAACGCUCUGCUAAUGCCGAUCAACCACAUCAAGGUGCAGACCUCCGCACCGGCCACUGCGGAUCAUAUCAUUGAUAUUAUAAAUAAGUACAAGCCUGUUGGAACUUUGUUGGCGCCGACUGCACUGGCUCAUAUAAUGCACAAUGAGAAACAUUGUGAUCUGACCUGCUUUGACAUUAUUAAGACUGGAGGCAGCAAAGUCCACAAAGAACUGCUGGCGGGCCUUAAGGCUAGAAUGCGACCAGACGCUGUUGUUCAACAAGCAUAUGGGCUGUCCGAGUCCGGCGGUUUGGUAAUGGAGCAAGGUCCCGAAGACCCUUUUGCGAGUUUUGGAACAAUUGACCCUAAAUAUGAAAUUAAGUUAAUAUCACCAGAAACUGGAAAAGAAAUACUGGAACCAAAUGUCACUGGGGAAUUGUUUGUUAGAGGUCCGACCAUGGCAUGUUAUUAUAAUGACCCCGAGGAGACCAAAAACGUUUUUACUGAAGAUGGGUAUUUAAAAACUGGUGAUUUGUUUUAUAAAGACGAGCAUGGAUACUAUUAUUUUGUGGAGAGACUCAGAAUGGUCUUGAAAUAUAAAGGUUACCAGGUAUUUCCCCCGGAAGUGGAAGAGGUGAUAUUGAAGCACCCAGGCGUGGCUGACGUGUGUGUGACGGGUGUGCCGCACCGGGAUGACGUCGAGCACGUGGUGGCGUGCGUGGUGCGGAAACCAGGCCACCGCGUCACCGCCGGCGACAUCAAAGACCUUGUUGCCGAGCAUCUAUCAGCUUUUAAGCAUUUACACGGAGGCGUCGUGUUUCUGGACGCACUGCCGACAACCGUUUCUGGGAAGGUUGCGCGUGUUGCAGUGAAGAAACUAGCCCUCACCGCGCACAGGGAAUAAA